GAGAGAGAAAGGAGGACAAGGCAAACUCCAGGCGCUGCUUCCUCCUCCUCCUCCUCCUCCUGGCUCCCACACCAUCAGCACCAACAAGCCCUCUGGUGUCAGCAUGGAGGGCGGUGUGGAUGGCCCGAUUGGCAUCCCUUUUCCGGACCACAGCAGCGACAUCUUGAGCAGCCUGAAUGAGCAGCGGAACCACGGCUUGCUCUGCGACGUGGUCAUCCUGGUGGACGGGCAGGAGUUCCCCACCCACCGCUCCGUCUUGGCGGCCUGCAGCCAAUACUUCAAGAAGCUCUUCACCUCAGGGCUGGUGGUGGACCAGCAGAACGUCUACGAGAUUGACUUUGUGAGCGCUGAACCCCUGGCGGCUCUGUUGGAGUUUGCGUACACCGCCACGCUUACCGUCAGCACUUCGAACGUGGGCGAGAUCCUCAACGCCGCCACGCUGCUAGAGAUCCAGGCGGUGCGGGACGUUUGCACGGAUCUCCUGGACCGGAAGAUUCUGGCCAAAAACGACCAGAUGGAUACAGUAGAUCAAAUUGAUCAAAGGAACCAUCUCCGAGCAAAAGAAUAUCUGGAGUUCUUCCAAAGCAACCCUAUCAACGGCCAACCGGGCGCCAUUCCGUGGACCAACCAAGACUUCCAGAGGCUCAACUUCCGGGGCCGGGAAGACGAGGCAGAACCCGAGUGCAACGGCAUGGACUUCUACUCCUCGCAGGCCGGCCUCAACGACAGACCAAAGGCGAGCGACGCCGACGCCGACAGCAACCAUGCCAUGUGGCUGGACCGGGAAGAGGACGAGGGGGGCCAGGGACCUUUGUUCCCGCCCUCCCAGAACGGACAAUUUGGCGGGCGCCACUUGCCGACGGCGGCAGGGGAGGACGAGGCGUCGGCUCAACUGGACCAGCCGGAGGCCGGCGACUCGCCCGCCUUCGUCCCUGGGGGAGGGGAGGGCGAAGAGGCGGACGGCCGCGAGGUGGAGGGUCUGGCGGCCAGCGCCCUCCUGCAGCAAAUGAUCAAUUCCGUGGGGCGGCAGCAGCUGGCGGACGAGGACCGCAGGGACGACGACGGGGUCAUGGAUUAUUACUUGAAAUAUUUUAGCACUUCCCAAGAGGGUAGCGAUUAUCCGUCCUGGUCCCAGAAGGUGGAGAAGAAGAUACGAGCGAAAGCAUUCCAGAAGUGUCCCAUCUGCGAGAAAGUGAUUCAGGGGGCCGGGAAGCUCCCGCGUCACAUCCGGACCCACACGGGCGAGAAGCCCUACGAAUGUAACAUUUGCAAAGUUCGGUUUACGAGGCAGGACAAGCUGAAAGUCCACAUGAGAAAACACACCGGCGAGAAGCCCUACCUGUGUCAGCAGUGCGGGGCGGCCUUCGCCCACAACUACGACCUGAAGAACCACAUGCGGGUCCACACGGGCCUCCGCCCCUACCAGUGCGAGAGCUGCUUCAAGACUUUUGUCCGAUCCGACCAUUUGCACCGUCACCUUAAAAAAGAUGGCUGCAAUGGCAUCCCUUCCCGGCGGGGGCGCAAACCCAGGGUCCGGGAGGUGGCCAUCGCGCCCGCUCCGGCCCCUCACCCCGAAGACGGGAGCGUUGCGGACGGCGAGGAGGGUCAAGAGACGCCCGAGGUCGCUGCACCGCACGACGGCCUAGAACAGCACUUUGAAGAUAGCUCUAACGCUGCCGAAGCGGCGUCAGGAAGUUUGAAUGUAGCAGGGGGUUCGUCUGAGGGUAAAACGCAAGAACUCUCCUAAACCAAAAAAAAAAAACCCUGAAAAAAAGGUGUCACAAAAUCUAGUUAGAACUUUCCUCCAGUUCCUUUUGAAAAAAAUAUGGUU